AUGGCCCUGGGGCUCAGUGCUUCUCCAGCAGUUGUGCUUCUGCUCCUGUCCCUGCUGGGUCUGGCUGCUGCUGGGAAGCUCCUGGUGGUGCCAGUGGAUGGAAGCCACUGGCUCAGCAUGCGGGAGGUGCUGGACAUCCUGAGGCAGAGGGGACAUGAGGUGGUCGUGGUGGCACCUGAAGUGGCUUUGCACAUCAAACCAUCCAAGAACUUUGUGAUGAAAAUGUACCCGGUCCCCUACACACAGGAAGAGUUGAAGAAACAAUUCCAGGCAUUUUUUCAUUUUUCAUUUGAACAAGGAUCUUUUCUGGAAAGAUUUGUUAAAGCCUACCAAGGUAUCAAAAGAAUCACUUACUUUGGAAUCACCAGCUGUGGACAUCUCCUGCAAAACAAGGAGCUCAUCAGGUACCUUGAGGAGAGCAAGUUUGAUGCCGUCCUUACAGACCCUGUCCUACUAUGUGGGGCAAUCCUGGCGAAGCACCUUUCCCUUCCUGCUGUCUAUUUCUUACGAGGAAUCCCGUGUGGGUUAGAUUUUGAAGCUACUCAGUGUCCCAAGCCUCCUUCCUACGUCCCCAGGGGAUUUACACAAUUUGCAGACCACAUGACCUUUCUUCAGCGAGUGAAGAAUCUACUUCAUGACAUCCCAGAUAUUUUUCUCUGUGAUUUUGCCUUUGAACCCUACUCAAAACUGGCUUCAGAGUUCCUGCAGCAAGAUGUGACUGUGCUGGAUCUCUUACGCCAGGCUUCAGUUUGGCUCAUGAGGUCAGAUUUUGUGCUAGAGUAUCCAAGGCCUUUGAUGCCCAACAUCAUUCCAAUUGGAGGAGUAAACUGUGCUCACAAGGAGCUGCCUCAGGCAUUGCACGGCCCCUCAAACAGCCGAGAUAAACCGGACAAGAGGAAGAAACGCUCCCGCUGGAAAAGCGCUCCGGUCCCGCGGCGCGUGUGUCGGAGCAGGCGGACUUCCCCCGCGCUGGGCUCUUUGUUUCGCAAGACUCGCUGGCCAGCUGACUCACUGCGUGCGCUGCACCCAUGGCUCCCCCGCGGCGGCUCGGCUCCCCCAGCGGCAGCGCAGCAUUUCAGGCGGUCGCUCGACGCGGCUGCUCUCCAUGGCGCAGCGCCCACGCCGAGUUUGGAGCGGCACGGCCCCGCAGGCGCCCUGAGCCGCGGCCGCUGCCUUGCACUCAGAGACAUGCAGAAGCAGUCUAUUGUGCACUACCCGCCAUAG